AUGUUCACAUCGGUUGCUCUUCAAUCAAAUCCGAAUCUCAUAAAUCAGGCUCAAAACAAAUCGAAGCCGGCAAUAUACAGUAACAAGAACACCGAUGUUGCAGAUGCGAGCUCUCCAGGAACUUUGAGAACACCUUACACAACAACGGCUUCCAAUAUUAGAACCAUAUAUCAGAAAGCUAAUUUCUCUACACCUGGUAACUUUGAUAUUUUACAAGUUUUAGGAAAAGGAUCAUACGGCACAGUUGUUUCCGCAAUAGACAAGAAUGGCAGCGGAAAACCAAGACGCCUAGCCAUAAAAAAAGUGACGAAUAUAUUUGCCAGAGAAAUUCUCUUAAAGCGGGCCAUACGCGAGUUGAAGUUUUUGAAUUUCUUUAGAGGUCACAAGAACAUUGUGAGCAUUGUUGAUCUUGAGAUCGUUACAGAAAAACCUUACGAUGGCUUGUACUGUUACCAAGAACUUGUAGAAUAUGACUUAGCAAGAGUUAUACAUUCGACUGUCCAAUUUUCUGAGUUUCAUAUCAGACAUUUUUUGUACCAGAUUUUGUGCGGUCUCAAAUACAUUCACAGUGCGGAAGUUGUCCACAGGGACUUAAAGCCAGGAAAUAUUCUUUGUUCAAUAAAUGGGACACUAAAAAUAUGUGAUUUUGGUCUUGCUAGAGGUAUUGCUCAAAGACACUUUGGAACAAAAGGAGCGGAGCUCAGCAUUACAAACUAUGUGGCUACCCGGUGGUAUAGGGCGCCAGAAUUGAUACUUUCCCGUAAAAAGUAUACCAAGGCUAUUGAUAUGUGGGCGGUUGGUUGUAUUCUGGCCGAAUUUUAUGGCAGAAAGCCUAUAUUCAUGGGCCAAGACUCACUUCAUCAGAUUUCUGAGAUACUUGAAAUCCUGGGAACACCGCCACGGCCGAUCAUAGCAAAAUACUGUUCCACAAGGUCAUGGGAGAUAUUUUCAAUGAGGAAUGAAGUAAAAAAGCGCAGUUGGUCGUCUGUUUACCCCUUCUCCUGUAAUCAUGCGCAUGAACUUUUAAAUGCACUUUUAGACUGGGACCCUGACGCGCGUCCAACGGCCGAGACUGCACUGGAACAUACUUUUUUUGUGGAUUUGCGUAAUUCUGAAGAAGAACCCAUCUGCCCUCAUGGGACUUUUGAUUUCUCCUAUGAGAACAAUUUUACUUCAAUGACUGCCUUACGAGAAUGCCUUUAUGAUGAAGUUAAGGCAUUCAAACAACAAGUAUAA